GAUGUCAUCUGAAAGAGAAAGCAGUAAUAGUGAUGACAACAACAAUAGCGAUGAAGCAAGUGAAAGCGAAGAUAGAGAAUCAUCUUCUUCAGAGAAUUAUGAAGGGAGUAUGGAUCGAAGCCUGAAUAAGGAUAGCUAUGAGCAACUUCCCAAAGAAAUUAAACCAGAAGGAUCUAAGAGAAACGAGGAGUCAAAAUACACUGAUUCAGACUUUAACAUGGAGCUAUUACAGAAAUCAGAUAGGUUAGAUAUAAUUCCACCUGAUUUUCAAAAAGCUAGAGAUCAUUAUAAUUCUCAAAGAGUUAGGUUGAUGCAUAACAAUUGCCUAAGGAAAUCAUGACUUGAAGAUAGUAAAAUCAAUUCUGAGCGAUCAGAAUGUUCCAAAAUAGAUGCGUCUUCAUUGUAUCCUUUAUGAUGCAGUAUUAAAGAUUUAAAGAACCUAGGGUGUGGAUUCCCUCUUCAUUUCUUCUUUAAAUAAAUAUAUUGGACUAUUAUACCUAAUAAUCAUCUUCUUUGUAUCUGUUCCUGGAUGAAUACUUUAUUUCACACCUCAUAAUGGAGACGAAUGGCUAGAAUCAGGCAAUAGUGUUUCGUUUGCUACCAAACUUUCUAUCGGGAAUAAUGGCAAAAAUAGUGAAGAAUAUGAAACUGGAGAUGUCAACAUUAUGAUAAUCCUAACAACUAUAUUAAUUUGUGUGCUAUUUGGUACAUUCAUCAUCUUUCAAAGAGUUCAAUCAAAGUAUCUUGCCCAAAUAGACAAGGAGGUUGUUUCACCAUCUGAUUUUGCUGUAAUGAUUUCUCAGAUCCCUCAGGAUGCUUCUAAAGAGGAGCUUCAGGAUUUCAUUCUGAAGCACAUUGAUUCAGAUCAGGAACACAUCAGAGAAAUCAUCUUCUGUUAUGAUAUUGAGAAGGAAACCAAAGAAAUUAAGAAAAUUAUAUCUCUUCAGAGAAAGUUUCAUAAUUACGAGUUGUUAUACUCUACCAAUGAUAAAAUUACUAAAGAAGAUAUCAGGGAUGACCUUCUCAGAAGCCAGCAGAAGGUUGAAGAGGCAAGGAGGAAAGUCUUCACACAUGAGAAACAGGAGAAAUUUACUGGAAAAGCCUUUGUUAUCUUUAACAACCAAGCUGACCCUCAAAAUUUGAUCAAUAAGUUCAUGGUGUCUAUUUUAGCCAAAGUAUGGAGUUUUGUAGUCUUUACAUGCCUCAGAGUUAAAUCUCAGCGUUUAAAAGAUGAUAAAUGGUGGGGAAGACAAAGAAUUCAUAUAGAAAGAGCAAGUGAGCCGACUAAUAUAUACUGGGAAAAUUUAUCAGUCAGAUCAUCACAAAGAUUUUGGAGAAGUAUCUGAACGUAUGUAGUAGCUAUAUUUUGUAUCGCAAUAGUAUUUAUGCUUAAUCUUUCGUUGUCUAUAUUAAGGAAUGAUCUUGAUGAUGAUGUAUCAAAGGAAGAAAAUAAUGAGUCUACUACGACAUUGAUAAUAAUUUUGAUAUCUUUUGGGUCAUCUAUUAUCAUUUCUGUUAACAAUACAAUCUUGUUUCAUCUUGUCGUUUAUCUUUCAGGGUUUGAAAGACAUGAAACCCACACAAAAUAUAAUGCGUCUAUCUCCUUGAAAUUGGCUAUCUGAAUGACUAUAAACUCAGGGUUUACUCCAUUUUUUGUUAACUUUGGAAAACACCAUUGGUUUGGUAGAAAAGGACUUGCUAUUGAUAUUUUUCUAAUCUUAUCCACAAGUUUCAUCUCCCCAACAGUGUGCUUAUUUGAUCCAGUCAAAUAUUGGAGAAAGUUUAGAUAUUGGUAUGAAGAAAGAAAAGGAGAGAAAAGCAUGAAAACCCAAAGAGAAGCUAAUGAAAUGAGCGAAGGAAUCGAUUGGGAAAUCCCUCAUUAUUACGGACUAUCAAUGUCAAUCCUACUAAUCACCUGCUUCUACACUCCAUUAAUCCCGAUACUCCCCAUAUUCUCCUUCCUCUGCACACUAUACACCUACUGGAUUGAAAAAUACCUCCUACUCAGAUCCUGCAAGAGACCCAAAGAGCUAGACUCCCACCUCACCGUCACCUUCACUACCCUCCUCCCUCUCUGCUUGCUCUCCUUCUCCCUCGGCCAGUUCAUCUUCAUCCACAACCUAUCAGAAUCCCAGAACCACUACCCAACAAUCGCCCUGCUGCUGUCAGUAAUCUUCUGACUAGUCGACCCCGUUCUGGUCAUGGUCUCUUCAGUGGAGCAGGUCAGAAGAGACCCGGAGGAUACGGAGGAAGCACAUUUGGGGAGAUUUGUGUGUGAGUAUAGGAGAAGUCACCCUUUGGAGACACCCAAUGGGGAGAGGAGGGGUGAAAGAGGGACUUAAUGUGAGAUUUUAGAGUUUUGAGGAGUUUUA